AUGCCAAUUUCUUCCCUUCCUGCUACUCUGAAUCCCGCUCUAAGUGGGCGCGAGGCGGUCUUAGAUGCUCUUUACCGUUACCUGUUGGCCUUCGACAUUAAUGACAAGGCGCUCUUCGAGUCUGCUUUCACUGAGGAUGCCGUAUUUGUUAUGGAUGGUACGGUCAUGGAUGGAAGAGAUGCUGUCAAGGCUCAGACCUUCGAUGUGCUCUCGAAAUUGGAGACCACUCACUUUUUGACAAAUCCACGAAUCAACAUCCUGGACGGAGAUAUGAACGCCGAACUCACCUGCUCAGCUCUCGCUCAGCACUAUCGGCAAGGUGAAGGAAAAGGCGGGAGUGCUACUCCAUUGCUUGCUGGCUCGUUAUACCACGCGGAUCUUGUCAAGUCCAAAGAGGACGGUUUGUGGAAAAUAAAGAGGUUAGACUUAAACGUUGUGUGGGGCCAAGGUGAUUGGGGAGUCUUUGGCCAAUGA